AUGGCUACCAAAAAGGAAGCCAAGGAGGCUGUAAUGGGGAUUGCCAAAGAGUACGGUUUUAUUCAACCCAGCUCUCUUGACGAGAUCAGCCGAAUUAAUCCCGCACUUCGACGCGAAAUUGAGGAGAGCAUGUUGGCCAAGGACAAGAAAAUCGCUCACUCAAUCAUCACACUUGCCAAAAACAUCUACAGCAGCAAUGCCCGCUUCGUCUUCGAGCUGCUUCAAAAUGCCGACGAUAACCAAUUCAGACGAGCACGUGCGAGAGACGAAUUGCCUUUCAUCGCCUUCCAUGCCUUCCCCGACCGGAUUGUCAUCGAAUGCAAUGAAGAUGGAUUCACCAAGCAGAAUCUUUCGGCGAUAUGCUCCGUGGGAGAAAGUACCAAAGCUGCGUCACACGGCUACAUCGGGGCCAAGGGGAUUGGAUUCAAAUCAGUGUUCAUCGCGGCAUGGAAAGUUGAAAUUCAAUCAGGAAAUUACGCUUUUUAUUUCAAGCACAAUAGAGAAGACCUUGGCCUUGGAAUGGUCCUCCCCGUGUGGCAGGAGGUCGACGAUAGAGGACCUGAUUCCCUGACUCGCAUGACCUUGCAUCUUCACCAGAAUGGGGACUCUGAUGAGAUAGAGCAUCUUCACAAAACUAUCUUUGAACAAUUCAUUGCUUUGGAGGAGACAUCUCUCCUUUUUUUGAGGAAUCUCAAGGAGAUACGGGUGUGCUUCUAUACUGCAGAUGAGGAACUUCAGGAAUCGAAGAGAUUCUAUCUGGAAGGAGAUCCUUCUUGGAAGGUUUCCCUCAAUGUGGAAUCGGUGGAUGAGAAAGGCGAAGAGUCCGUUGAGGCGUCUGAUUACUACGUCAUUCGGUAUGUGGGAACUGGACUCCCAAAGAGUGAGAACCGUGAGGCUCCUGCGACUUCAGAAGCGCAGGAAUCUUCUGCACGGGCAGAAACUGUUCUCGCAUUUCCCGUGGACCAGGAAAAUUGUCCAAUCUUGCAGCCUCAAUCUGUUUUUGCCUUUCUCCCUAUAAGGAAGACUAGUUUCAAGUUUCUCAUCCAAUCUGACUUUGAUACGAAUGCUAGUCGACAGGAUAUCUCCGAGUCUUCCAGGCGAAAUCUCAAACUCCUCGAUCAUAUUGCCUCGGCCUUUUGCCAAGCAGUUUCGUCUUUUGCUUCUGAUGACAACUUUGCAUACAAGUGGCCGGCAUAUCUUCCGUCAUUUGAAGAACCCGCUGGGAAGUUCUGGGCCUCUCUUCCCUCCAAGAUUAGUGCCCAAAUCUCACAGCUCCCCAUCAUAUGCACACGAAACAAUAGGCUCAAAAGAAUUUCCGAUACAAUGAUACCAGCGAUGUACUUCAUGGAUGGCGAUGGGAAUGUUUUGCUUGAUCAUGUCGACGUCGAUCCUUUCAUUUCAGCCAGAUACUCUAGCCCUGAUCAGAAUCGUCUCAAGCCUUAUGGACUGAACAUUUUGUCAGCUGCGAUGGUCAUGAAGCUUUUGAAAAAAGAUCUAGGGAGCCCACUGUCGUGUAUGAAAUCAAGAGACUUAAGUGAUGACAUUCAUAGCCGAAUGGCAAAGCUUCUUACCAGAUUCGCGUCCAUGCCAUCUGUCAGUCCGACUCUUCGUUCACUUGAGCUGCUUCCACUACAAGAUGGAACCUGGGUUUCGCCAAACUCGAGUCGCGUCUUUUUCCCAAUCACCCAUGGAAUUCUCAUUCCUCAAUCUCUUGGCUUUCAAACACUAGACCCAAUUGUGACCGAUAAUGAAGAUCGUAAGGCCUUUUUUUCAAGCAUUGGGGUCGAAGAGGUGGACGUCUUUCUAGCACGAGCAAAAGCUUUUGAGAAGCUGACGACGUUUUUUAUUACAAAGGAAUCCAGGUCAAAGGAUCAGUUGGUCUUCUUGUAUCUGACUCAGAGAUUCUUUCGACCGGAAGACAAGCAGAAAGAUAUUCUUAUAUUUUGUGAAGAUGGAGAUUUGAGACGGCCGAGUCAUGAUGACUGUUACUUUCCCUCAAACCACCUGUACGGUCCAAAGCGACUUCUGGGAGCCACGGAUGGACUACCAGGUAUGCAAGUACCUUUUCUUCAUUCAAUUUAUCUCAAGGACACCCCAGAAACUCCCGAUGACAGCCAUCCGUCAUGGCGCCGUUGGCUGCAACGGGACAUUGGGGUACGGGCGAACCUGAGGGUGAUUGCCAAGGGUGGGCAAGGUCUCUCUUCUGUCUGGAUUUAUCUGUCUGAACACCGAGCGGAUAAGCUAUUUGGAUUCCUGAGAUACAUCUGGCGAUCUCAAGGUGCAUAUAUAAAUGAGGACGAGACACGGAAGCAGUGUCUUCGAGAAACGGAUGCUAGGCGGCUCUGUCGGAUCGACCUUCCAGCAGCAUGUCAACUUCAGGAAGCAUACCUGCCAUUUCCUAAUCUCAUUGAGCAAUAUGCACAGUUUUCAGGCACAUACAUUGCCUUCCCUUUCUUAACCUUGGAUGAGGGCUCAACCAUGGAGGAAAUAAGUUCGAAUUGGCUUUUCCUUCACACUUCACUCGGUGUGAAAAAAGAUGAGGAUCUUGGCUUCUUACUCGACAUCUUGAAAUGGCUGAAGCUUUCGAAUGACGACCCGAGCGAUAUCACUAAUUUUCAGCAUGUCUUCAGCCUCUAUAGUGCGAUACAGUCCAAGUUGGUGGGCACCAGGGAUAGAACUGAACUGAGAGAACGCAUUAAGUCAUUUUUCCAAAGCGGUGACUACAUCCUUGUUCCUGAAUGUCCUGAAGCUGGCGUCUGGGAUGCAACCUGGACCGAUCCCGAUUGCUGCUUAUGGGAGGCUCCAAAGAAUCUGUAUAGCAUAUAUUCAAUUGAACCAAUCUACCGACACGCCGUCGCCGAUGAGAGUCAGCUAUCGUACAUCUCGGCCCUUCUCACGGAGACCCUGGGAAUUCACUCAGCAUCUUGGACUGAUUUGACAAAUGAGUUAGCCGCGUUCAGGCAGGCGGAAAGUCAGGACUUUGCUUCAAUAUUCGCUGUCUACAAAUACCUACGUGACAUGGGUAUUUUUCUUUUUCUUGAAGACUUCAGGCGCGAGUUUCGCGAGAAUGAAUUGAUUUUUGUACCUGGGGAAUCCGAGUCCAAGAAUGGCUGGUACAAGUCUUCGGAGUGUUUGUGGUCCAGCACCACAAAGAUCCGCGGAAUGGUCACAAUACAGGAGGAUUAUGAAGAAUUGAAAGAGUUCUUCAUUGACACCUUAGGGGUUCAAACGCUAACUCUCCAGAUGGCCUAUAAGGACCUCCUAGAAUCAAGCUCUCAAGUAACGAUGGACGAGGUUAUAUCCAAGAUUUGGUGUUUGAAUGCAUUACUUUCGACAGAUGAUACUUACGUGGACCCAAGGCCACUGUUGCAAAAGUCGAUUUUUCCCGUUGUCUUCCCCGAUGGCUCAUCGGCCCUUUGUUCAGCAGAUACUCGCUUCGCAAUUCCAGAUCGAGAACAUUUGGCUUCAAGGUUUCGGGGAAAGAUCAAAUUGCUCGACUUCACCCAAGAGGAAGUUCGUAGCCUGAGACCGUUCUUUGACUGGGCAAACCUUUCACAUUGCUACCUCUCUGCCUCUGUUAGAGAACUAACGUCCAUCUCUGGCGACACGACGCCAUUCAAUCCAUCCCCCACACGUGAUAUAAAACACAAAGCGCAUGCCAUUGUUCGCCCAAGAUAUCACGCAAACGAUGCGGAGCUUUACGAACUACUUCGAACGGCUAACAUUGAAGUUACGGAAACAAUUGUCACCCUUUUGCGCAUCUCCCAGGGCAGUACGCCAGUUGACGUCGAAGAAAGAAUCGCAAAGCUACACAUUUCAGAAGAUGCAUCUCUGCUUUCUAUCUACCUUCCCAGGGACAGAAAAGCCCAAGAAGUUUGCUUCUGUGAUCUUUUACCCCGAAAAGUUGUUGAUUUGCUCAUGAGGGACCCAGUCACACAGAUCCUUGAACCUUUCGACGACGAAAUGGUGAGAGUAAUGAUCAUGAUUUUCGGUGUCCACCCUGCUGCUUUAGAUCUCGUACUGGACCGUGAGGGGGUAGCUGAAAUUGAAAUUGUCAACGAGGACAUUCAAAUCGAUGAUGACUUCCCUUCCGAAGCCUGGGAUCAGCCCGGCACCAGCGACAAUGAAGAUCUUGCACGAUCAACCAGCGCAGACACGUCAAUUUCAACCCCUACCCUUCGAAAUGACCAGCCCUCAAUUCGAACCGGGGAUAGACAAAUCAUGACGGCAUUACAUUCGUCUAGCCUCGGUUACAAUCGCCCGGUGCCGAUCUCUUCGCUUAACAGCCAUGCGCCCGAGGAGAACGCGCACUACCUACGUUUGUUGAAUCAUGUACUAGGAUGGGCGCGGAGAGCUUCCUUUCCCUCGAGUGGGGCAUUUGACAUGUCCCAGCUGCGCCGGACACUGCCGAGGGCAGAGAUUCCUGGCGAUUACGAAGGAUUUGAUGGCCCCGAAAUCCGAAAUGCCUUUCGCUCUGAUAGCCAACUUGAGCGAGACAAGAAAGUGGGAGCUGCGGGCGAACUUUACGCAUUUGAGCUUCUCAGCGGGAUGACGCCGCCGCUUCCGGGUUGGAGUCAACAAAACUGGCAAAGUACAAUUCGACGAUACGUGACGAUUCAUCCUGACUAUGCUACGAUGGCUCCUUGGUAUGGGAGAGAGACAUCCGAUAUUGUUUAUGAUGAUACCGAGGGUGCAUUUACUUCCUUACUCAUCAGUCAUGGUUACCUCGAAGCCGAUGAAUGGGAAGACAGACGCCCAAGGUAUUUUAUUGAAAUCAAGACGACGACAGGGCCAUUGGGCACUCCAUUUUACAUGAGCAAGCGUCAAUUUGAACGGAUGGGUAAUAUGCAUAACAGUCACCAUUCUUCUGACGUGUACUUGAUUAUUCGCGUUUUUGACAUACGUGGGCCUGACAUUGGGAUGUGCGUAUAUCUUGACCCUGAACAACUUCGCUUGGAUGGGGGACUGGUUUUUACCGGUGAGACAUGGUCAGUUGUUCCAGGAUAG